UUCAGUUUUUCCUCUUCUGAAUCCACCGCCACCGUAACGUGGAUGGAAUCGGAGUGCAGCCAUAGCAGCAGCAAAUGUCUUAUACUAACCCUGUGGUAUAGAGCUCCUGAAGUCCUCUUGGGAGCUACCCAUUACUCAACAGUCAACAAGUGGUCCGUUGGCUACAUAUUUGCUGAACUUGUCACCAAACAACCACUCUUUCUAGGUGAUACCGAGCUGCGACAACUCCUUCGUAUAUUCAGGACCAUGGCUACUCCACCUGCCUCGCCUCCUCCUCCUGCAGACGCAUAACCGUUUCCAUCUACAUUGAAGCGGACACGCAAGGCAACACGGCUACGAUCAUUGGCCACUAGACCACCUGGGGCAGAAAGACCUGCGGUCAACGUCGAUUCUGCUACCGGCAAGGCCGACAGUCCCCACAUGAAGAAAUUAAGAACAUAUUUGGGGAUUUUCGCUCAUGAUAAGGUCGACGUCACAUAUGACAACUGGAAGGAAGUCCCUACUGCUUAGAAGGAUUUGAUAUGGGAGGAUAUUCAGGCAGAAUUUGAAAUCCCUGAAGCUUCUGACAGUAGGACAAAGAAAAAAAUUCUUCAGACUGUCGGCGAGCGCUGGAGGUAGUUUAAAUCUGACUUGCCUAAGAAAUGGGCACUUGUAGGCGACAAGGACGAUGUGGACGACAUUGUCUGUGAAAAAUAUGGCAUUAGCAAGGAGAAAUGAACUCAGUUUUGUCAGACCCGCAGAGACCCCUCAUGAAAG